GGCGGGAGCAGCGCGCCUGAGCGCGCAUGCGCGGCUCCCUCCCGCCUUGCGCUGGCAUUGCCCGGGCCGUGCGUUCGCACGCAUUGCGUUCCAUACGCGGGCGGAGCUGCCGCAAUAGGAAGCGGCAAUCGGAGAAGCCCGGCAAGCGCGCGGGGUGGGGUGGGGCUGCGUUCUUCUUGCCGGGCUGUAACGGCCGAGCGGCCCUGGAGAGGUGCGAGGGUUUUAAUGUCUUUAUCUUAUGGAAAAGAGUAAACUUUGAAGCUUCUCAACUUGAAGCAUUUAUUGUUGAAGAUGAUGUUCAUUCCACGGAGCUCCUAGACUUAAAAAGCUACAUGAUUGACAUAAUGAAUUUGUCUUCUCCAGUCAGCCAUGUUGACCAUGAAGCUAAACGCUUAUGUAGUGCCAAGAGUGGGUCACAGUUACUGCACAACAGCAGUGCAUCGGAGUUGGACGUUGCUGAAGAUCUGAAAAGGAAACUGUGUCAAGCUAAAGAAGAAAAAGUAGACAUAAUCAUUAAACACAAUCAAGAACUGCGUGACUAUGAAAUCCAGAUUGUCAAACUGCGGUCUGAAUUUGAGAAAGGAGAGGCAAUUCGACAAAGUCUGGAGUACGCCUUGGCAAUUGCCAAAAAAGAUGCUCGUUUGACAGUACGUACUGUGGAAGAAGAGUUAAGUGAUGCAAGAAACAAGCUUGCAGAGCUGCAAGUGUUCAAUGAAAAGCUUCAGCAGAGACUGGUAGAGACCGAGAAAACAUUUCAUAUUGCUCAACAGAAGUGGAAAGAACAACAACAAAGACUUGCAAGUGAAAAGGAUGAUAUUCUCAGAACACACAAGGAUGAAUAUGAAUUGCUUCUUAAGGAAAGAGGUGAACUAGAAAGCAUUUUGCAGAAGCAGAAUAGUGCACUGCAGAACUUAAGUAAGAAAAUGAAAGAUAUGGAGCUGGAACAUCGUGACUGUUCUGAUUUGCUUACUCGUCAAGUACACAAGCUUGAAUACAGUGCUGAACAAGAGGAGCGGCUUAAAAAAGAACUUGAAGCAGCUACAGACAGGAUAAAGCAAUUGGAAGAAAACUUUGAAGCAGAAAGAGCAGCACAUUUGAAGUCCAAAUUCAAUUUGGAAAUCACUCAGAUGAGAAUUCGAGAACUUGAAGGAGCUUUGCAAAUGGAAAAAGUCAGCCAGGCAGAAGCUCUUUCAGAUUUAGAGAUGAUCAGGAAGGAGUUCAAAGAAGUAGAAAAUGCAUAUGAGAGAGAAAAACAGAAAGCCCAAGAGAACUUGGAAAAAGUCAAUAGAUUAGAAAGAGAGUAUAUCUCCACAAACAAGCAAAUGAAUGAGAAGAUUGAGGAAAAGAAGGAAAUAAUUAAAGAUCUGUCAGAGAGACUACAGGAAAAUGAAAAAAUUCACAGAGAAUUACAGGAUAAACUUGCAACGGCCAAGAAACACCAGGUCUUUGUAACAGAGACGUACGAAAACAACAUGAUAGAGCUGAAGUUACUCUUGGACAGCUUUGCUAUGUCAGGCCAGCGGACAGCAGGCACUUGUAAGGACAAAGAUAAACCUUCAAGCCUCUCUGUCCUUGAGACUUUGAGGUAUACCUUGACAGCUUACCAGAACAAGCUGGAAGACACGUCUAAUGAGCUUAAGAAAAUGAACGCUUUGUGUGAAAACACAACAAAAGAGCUUGAGAUAUCCAGAGACAAAAUGUGCGUUUUAAGUCAAGACCUUAAGGAAGCACGGGAUAAGCUGGCCAAUGCCAAUAAAGAGUUAAAUCAUCUGCACACUGAGUGUGCAGACAAAGCGGCUUUAAUAGGAACUUUACAAAUGGAACUACAGAAUGUGCAGCAGCGCUGGGAGGAGGAGAAAGUACGUGCUGCAGAAUCUGAAAAUGAAAUCCAGAAGCUUACCAGGGCUUACAAGAAGGAUAUGGAGGAGAAGCUAACCUUCCUUCAUGGCUUGUACCAGCAUUUGGUAGCUGGCUGUGUGCUUAUAAAACAACCAGAAGGCAUCCUAGAUAGAUUCUCUUGGUCUGAGCUUUGUGCAGUCUUGCAGGAGAAUGUUGAUGCCCUGAUCUUAGACCUCAACAGGGCUAAUGAGAAGAUAUCUCACCUAGAAUAUAUUUGUAAGAGCAAGUCUGAUACUAUGAAGGAGCUUCAGCGGAGCCAGGAAGAUGAUAUGAGCAAAAUGGCUGAACAGAUGAAAGCACAGGAAAGCUGUUGGCAGAAACAAAAAAAGUAUCUUGAACAGCAGUACUCUGAUCUCCUUGGGGAAGUUCAUGCAAGGGCACAGGAAUACAAAGAAACAGCAGAGAAAAACAAAGAAAAAAUCUGUGUCCUUGAAAAAAGACAGGAGGAAUUGGCCCUUGAAAAUCUCUAUGUGAAAAAUACAUUAACACAGAUUCAGAAAGAGCAUUCGUCUCUCCUGGCAGCAUGUGCACUAUUGGCAGGUGCCCUAUAUCCUCUCUAUGGCCGAUCAUGUGCUAUGUCUAUACAAAGAGAUCUUCUUCAGGAUCAAGUCAACAUUUAUGAAUUAGUCAACCAGGAAAUUAGGACUCUAGUUCAUAUUCUCUCUGGUGUUGAGGAGGAGAAGGAAGAUGAUGCAAAAAUUAAGAAACACAAAUUCAGAGGCCUGAUACAUGUGUUCCGGAGAGGUGUGAUUGCAGUUUUGGCAGCUAACAGACUUAAAGUUCUAGCCCAGUCUUCUAGUUCUCUCUUCUCAUUGAUAAAUGGCUUCAAAGAAGGCAUUGGAAUUCUAGUUUGUGUAGGGGACUCAAAAGGCAAGCAUAAUAUGUCAAGAUACAACAAGGAAGGAAUUCGUUGUGUUGAAGCACUCAACUGGUUUACUAGUCCUGAUCUCCUUACUGCAGUAAUCAGUUCUGUCACAGAAUUACAGGAUGUUAUUAGCAAAACAGAUCCAAAGUCUUGUCUUUCUGGACGCUUACUUGUAAGUGCAGCCAGGAACUCCUUUUCAAAACUUAUGGACAAGCUUAAUGUAAUAAUGGAGAGUGUUCCAUUGGAUAGCAGCAGGAGUGUUACUUAUGUGGAGAAAAACUCCUUGAUACAGAGGCUGGCUCAUGGACUUCACAGAAUAAAUGCACGAGCCCUAGAAGCUGGAUCGUGUGACAGACGGCCCAUCAUGAAAAGCAUAGCAUCCUUGCAGAAGCAAAUAGCUGAAUUUACACAAAGACUUCAUACAGUAGAGGUGGAACGCUGCUCACUGCGCCGAGAACUUGCAGAAUUCAAGUUGAAUUUCAGUAAGAUGAAACAAGAGGCUGACAAAGCCCAGAGCCUGAAAGAGCAAUUAAGUUUGUUUAAGCAAUCUAAAUUGAUCGCUCACAAGAGGUUUGAAAGUGCAUGUGAAGAAUUAAAUAAUGCAUUACAUUGGGAGCAUCAAGCACAAGUGCUGUUGAAUGAACAGGCACAACAGCUACAGGAGUUAAAUAAUAAACUAGAAUUGCACUCCAGUGAAGAAGCAGAUAAAAACCAAGUCUUAAGUGAAACUGUAAAGAGACUCUCCGAGGCAAAGAUGGAGCUGAGAAGAAAAGAUCAAUCUCUGCGUCAGCUCAAUAGACUUCUUACCCAGCUGGAGCAGGACAAACGUCGACUGAAAGAGAGCAUCCAUGAUGCAGAGAGUGCCCUCUGCAUGGCAGCGAAGGACAGAGAAUUGAUCAUUAAUCAAAUGAAAUCUGUAGAAGCCACUCUUCAUACGGUCAGAGAUCAGACCUUGCUGUCAUGGACUGCGGCAACCAGGAAUGACUUCACCCUGCAGCUACCCAAACUGCACCUAGAGACCUUUGCAGUAGAAGGGCUGAAGGGCGGGCCAGAGGUUGUAGCCUUUCAGGCCAUGAUUAAAAGUUUUAUGGAUGUCUACCAACUUGCAAGUUCCAGAAUUGACAUAUUAGUGAAAGAAACAGCACCUCAUCAGCUUCACACUGCAGCCCCAAUGUCCAAGCUCCAGACAGCUUGCCUUCAUGAAAGUGAGAUCUUGCAAUUGGAAAGCCUGAUGUGCUUAGAAGCUAGUCUUUAUUGGAAGUAUUUCAACAGUUGGAACUGUACCCAACGGAGGAGAAGAUACCAGCUGAAAGUGCUCCCGUGCUGCUUUUUUUUUACUGUUUGUUGUUGUUAUUCAGCAACAGCUACUAAUGUAAACAUCACAGAUUGGACUGUGCUUCGAGGUUUCCUUUUAAAUGAACACCCGCCAAUAUUUUAACAGUACCAGACUCUACUACUUUGAUCCAUUUUAUGUCUUCAAAUAUAUUAACUUAUUACCAUGCUUGUGCUUUCAUUCAGAGUUGUAGGAGCAAGUAGGCUUUGAACUGAGAGCUUUUAAAUGCUGUACUGUGAAAUAGCGCAGUCAUAAGCAAUUACUUUGUGGGUGCUGUGGGGUAAGAUGUGGCAUGAAGUUAGUCACACAGCAAGCAUGUGAAUCCCUGCCUAAGGGAGUUUGUGGCCACAAGUGCAGUGUUGUGGGGAGUGGAUGCAGUGACGCCGUAUUCUUCAGUGUGCUCUGACACGUUCAAGUUACUCACUGAAUUCAGUUCAUUUAUAGUAGUGCUCCGGAAGGUGUCGUCAUAGCUUUCAGACCUGAGAUUUUGUGCCUGGUGUCAGUGCUAUUGUCAGAAUUUUAAGAACAUCAAGUCUUUUGGUACCAGUUUUGACAAACAAAAGAAACCUCUUCUGCCCCAUUCUAAGUGGUCAGGUGUUUCUUUGACCUGGAGAGUACUGCAUCUCUGUGGCCUUAUGCAUGCAGCUGAUCUCAUUAUACUCCCUCUUUUCUUUUUUCUUUUUUCUUUCUUUUUUUUUUUAAGCUUUUUUUUUUUCUUUCUGUCACAUCAGUAUCAAAGGAGAGUAGGAAAUGAAGGGGAAAAUAGAGCAACUUUAUUAAACUGAUGAGGAGGGAAAAGCUUCCUUUGCUAUUGUGGAUAAAUGGAAAUUUGGGGAGCCAGCAGGAUGACUUUAACUGUAAAAGGUGAGAAGGUUUCAGAUGGGUGAGAGGGGUUCAGUGAAAGACUCCAAGAGGAGCAGAGUUCUCAUGAAACGAGCCAUGAAACAACUGUUGUCUUUGGAUGCUUCUCCUAACUGGGGCUGAAAAUCAAAUCACUCAUUGCUUUAUGUGGCUUUUCAUCAUCCUUGCUUUUUAACCCCUACAGUUGUGGCUACGUCUGUCUUCUGUCUAAAAAUUUCUAGUGAUAUCUCACACAGUAGUGGAAAUGCAAAGAUCAAAAGUUUUGAUAAAGUGAGAGAAGUAAGUAAAGUGAUCCUGUGUGUAAGAAAUGCAUAUGCCUUCAUAUUUUUUUACGGAAGAACAGCAUUAAGCAGAAAGUGUACUUCCUACUCAGAGUAGCCACCUCUCAGUUCUCAUUCUCUACUUCCACCUCAUCCAUGGGAGGGAGAGAGACAACAAACACUGUGAACUCAGACUUACCAGCUAGUGACACCACUGACAGUCUCUUCCUACUUAGCUGGACUGUUCAGGGCAGUGCAUAUCUUUCCCCAAUGUUUUUGUUUCCAUGUCACUGCUUUAAUCAUCAUUUGAAGGCUGAGAGUCGCAGGAUGCAGUGUCUUACACGUAGAAUGAUGAGAAGGGAACUGGAGAAGAAGAAAAAGGCUAUUUGACUUUUUACUUGUUGCUCAGGAGAAUGGCUCACACUCUGUCAGUGUGAUGUUAUGUGACAGAGAACGUGCUUCAUGGGCUGGAGCCAUAUCUCUUGUGUUAGAACAUGGAAUGACUGAUGCAGCUGGGGGAAUUCUUGCCAGAUGUUGCAUGAAGCAGAUGGGUCCUUGAUGAAAGCCCUGCUUGGCUUUUCCACUACUUCAUGCUAGCCUGGUGCACAGUUGAACCAAAAAGAUUUUUUUUUUUUUAAGAUUUGGAAUUGAACUGGUUUUGUGAAAGAUUUGAGACACUUACUUUUAAUUUGCCCUGCAAAAAAAAAAAGCAAACUUAAUAUUUUCAUUGUUACCUUUGUCUUGCAGCGUUUUUUGGGGGAAUAAUCCAGGACAGAACUCAGUAAGAUGUAAACCUCAAAUAAUUGCAACAUUGCUCUGUAUUGUUAAUUAGUGGUGCAUGGAUUAUUUACCAUGAACUGUAUGAAUGUUCUCCAAGUGUUACUAAGCAAAGGAACCUGUAACGGCCCCACAAGGAGAAUUUCCCAACUACUGAGAUAAUAAUAGAGAUGAAAGAGUGGAAACACCAGUAUGAGCAAAAAAUUAAAA